GCGGGCGUCCGCCAUGUCGCGCUCUCAGCGUUCCCGCAGCGCCUACUACUUCUUCGUGCGUGACCGGCUGCCCGUGCUGCAGCAGCGCGGCCUGCCCGUAACCCGAGUGGUCGAUGGCCUUCCCCACCUCACCCAGGAGUGGGCGCUGCUGGCGGAGGAGGAGAGGAUGUUCUAUGCAGACAAGGCUCAGAAGUGGAAUGAAAAGAAAUCCUUUCAGAAGGCGGAGAAGGAGAUGUGUAAUAAUCCAGUGCCUGCUGGCGCGAGUUCAGAAAUGUACAGAGUGACAUCUCUUCUUGAUGCCUCUGCUAUAUCGUGGAUGAGUGAUCAGGCUGUGCUUGCAGACGUCUUCUAUUUCCUCAAUGUUUACAGCCAUGGCAAGCUGCCGUCCCACUGUGACCAGCGCUUCCUCCCUUGUGAAAUUGGGUGUGUCAGGUACUCCCUGCAGGAAGGCAUAAUGGCUGAGUUCCAUCACUUCAUAGAUUCAGAAGUACCACCACGUGGUUAUCGGUACCACUGCCAGGCUGCUAGUGAUGCCACUCAUAAGAUUCCUAUAUCUGGAUUUCAUCUCUCGCGUACUUGCUACCCAGUUGUCAUACGUGAACUUAUUCAGUUUGCCCAGCCAGCCAGAGGUGUUUGCCCUCGUUUUUACUGCAAGUCUGAUGACAGGUUUCGAAUCAGCUGGUGUCUUGAACGAAUGGCCAGCGUGGCAGGUGUUGAGAGCCCUCUGGAGCUUCUUACUGUAGAAGAUCUGGUAAUAAAACUGUACCAGAAGAAAUACCAUAAGGAGCCAUCCAAGACUUGGGUAUCUAGAGAGCUAGAUGUUGUCCUGUGGGAUUUUUCCAGUAAUACCAGGUGUGAAUGGCAUGAAGAGAAUGAUAUACUUUGCUGUGCUUUGGCAUCCUGUAAGAAAAUCGCUUAUUGCAUCAGUAAAUCGUUAGCUGGUGUGUACGGAGUCUCGCUGACGGCUGCUCACCUGCCUCUUAAAGACAGUGUUUCCAGUGGAAAUACAAACCUCAGGCGGGUAAUACUGGAUGCUGGACGUUUUCAGGAAUUAAAGGCCAAGGGUUCUGGAAGUGACAGACACAUCCUUUCUCCAAGUGGAGUUCAAGAGCUUGUCCCUUCUAGUUGUGAUUCUUCAUGUGAUGGGAAGAGUUUUCCUUAUGGAACCAGUACCAUUCGAGGAAGAGGAAUUACUCGAUGGCUGGAAAGUGCACCUGAUCUGAGCAAAUCUUUCAGUAACUGAAAAUUUUCAUGUCCAGGACAGCCAUACGUUUUUUUUCUCUUUCUUGUUUCACUGAAAUAACCAGCAGUUUCUCCAGACUGCAGUUUUUCAUCUUACAUGCAACUUUUGAUUGUUCAUGUUCUUGUUACAGUGAUAAAACUGUCGUUUACUGGAGUUAAGGGAAGAAAAUCUUCAUUAUCUACAGGAAGGUGUUUUAAGGUUGCAUCCUCUCUAAAAAGAAGUGCCAUAGUUCCAUUUCUUAAUGGAUGGAGUGCAAAUUUAAGAGUGUUUAGCUACAUCAUUGGGUUAGAAAUUAUGUAGUGGCCAGUGCAGCUUUACUUUAUUUUUUUUCCUUAGUAACCUCCUUCACCACAUCUCUGUGUGCAAGAUAAUGUUUCGGUGCGUAACCAUCUCUCUCCAAAUGCAAUGGAGCGAGCAGUGGAGGUAUGACAGGAUGCACAGGGGAAUGUAAAGUGUCACUGUCUCAAAGGAUAGCUCCAUGUUUUUUUCCACCCAGUGAGAACUCAAGUAGUCAUUCAAUGCAAAAAAGCAGAUGUUCUAUCAAAAAGCGUGGUGGCAGUGUUGUUGGUCUGUUAGUAUUCUUUUGGAGGCAUAAGCAGUGUAUCAGGAAUAUGGAUGUUGUUUUUUUCCUUUGCAUCAACAAUUAAAAGAUUCGUGUUCCUUGAAAUUAGUGCUGACUUUCUUUCAUUUAAAGUGACUGAAACCAGUCAUAAUUAUUUGAGGGGACAGGAGUACUGGGAAUAAUCCCAAUAUUCUCAGGAACAACGGGAAGUUAGACGUUCCAUGGAGAUGCAAAUCUUGGACGUGUCUCUGAUUAGUUGCCUAUUAUGUAAACGGCCUCCUUAUUGCGUGUGUCUUUGAACAAGUGAUUCUCAAAAAUAAGAGCUUUUUUAGUUUUUUACAUCUUGUUCCAGCAGAGGUCCGGUUGUGCAGUACUAUCUCCAUAGCAACUAACUGUGAGAGGAAAUGAAUUUCAUUCUUUUUUAAGGAAUUGGAUCUUAGAAUUGAGUAGUUCCAUCUUUGGAAUGAUAGGAGGGGAGGAAAAAAAAAAGGUUCAACACACUUGUGAGCAAACUCAGGUGUGCUGAUGAGUAUUUUAGAAAAUGCCAGUUGUUGGUUUGAUUGGAAGCCUGCUAAAAGUUGCUGUAAAGCCAUUUGAGAGCCUUCUGCCAGGAUCACUGGACCCUCCUACUUAAGAGCUUGCUCUCAUCGCUGAAUUUCCUUGCAUAACUCUGUUUGUUUCAAGGUGGUUGUUCUGCCUGUUAAAGAUCAAUAAACCUUGAAGACUGAGAUUUACCAGACUUCAGGGCAUCAGGGAGCUUUGUAAUGGGGUAACAAGGUCUACUUAUUAGUGGUAAAGGGUUUUUUUCUGCUGUGGAAUACAGCUGAGUUCUCAGUUCUCCAGCUGAUGGCUGCAUUGAUGUUUCAGAAUGUACCGAACUGUAAUCUUUGGAUUAUUUUCAGAAGUCAGUAAAAUAAAAGUUUCAUGUUUCAGCUCUUA